AUGUCCCUUACAUUGGGAGUCAGUGGGAAGAAUGUCCCUUACAUUGGUGGUCAGGGGGAAGAAUGUCCCUUACAUUGGGGGUCAGUGGGAAGAAUGUCCCUUACAUUGGGGGUCAGUGGGAAGAAUGUCCCUUACAUUGGUGAUCAGUGGGAAGAAUGUCCCUUACAUUGGGGGUCAGUGGGAAGAAUGUCCCUUACAUUGGGGGGGUCAGUGGGAAGAAUGUCCCUUACAUUGGAGGUCAGUGGGAAGAAUGUCCCUUACAUUGGGGGUCAGUGGGAAGAAUGUCCCUUACAUUGGGGGUCAGUGGGAAGAAUGUCCCUUACAUUGGGAGUCAGUGGGAAGAAUGUCCCUUACAUUGGGAGUCAGUGGGAAGAAUGUCCCUUACAUUGGUGGUCAGGGGGAAGAAUGUCCCUUACAUUGGGGGUCAGUGGGAAGAAUGUCCCUUACAUUGGGGGUCAGUGGGAAGAAUGUCCCUUACAUUGGUGAUCAGUGGGAAGAAUGUCCCUUACAUUGGGGGUCAGAGGGAAGAAUGUCCCUUACAUUGGGGGGUCAGUGGGAAGAAUGUCCCUUACAUUGGAGGUCAGUGGGAAGAAUGUCCCUUACA